CUCGUGAUAUUAGAUGGUCGUGGUGGGAUGUGUUUUCGAUAAUUUUCCAGGAAUUCGUUGGACGCACGAGCGACUUGGUGUAGACUUAUCUCUGUGAUAUGCUCGUGCCGAUCAGUUUUUCAUAUUCAACGGAGACAUAUCAAAAACAGUUACUCAAUUCUUUCACAACACUUCCAAAGUCGCAUUUAGUUUUCCCGAAUGUAUUGCCUUACUCUGAAAAGGUGGCAGUAAUGUUUAAUGGUCUACAGACUGCACCGUCUUUGAAAUGUGCCAAUCCGAUGCCACAAAUUGGCUAUCCAUUCAUUAUCGGAGGUCCUGUUUUAGCAGUUGGCAAAUCAACUUUUUCUCCUGCUGGGUAUGGGAAUUCACAGAGGCUCGAAAAUGGGUUCGUUUUUCAACCCAGUCUGACCCGGAAAGUGUACAUGCCCGAAAAGUCUUUGGGAUUUGGUGCUUUUGGUGUUGUGUGGUAAUAUCGUAUGUUAUUGUUACCUUGUAGGUUGGUUGUUGAUCCACGAACAGGCGACCAGGUUGCUCUUAAGAGAAUCCCCAACAUUUUUGAAAGCGUUGUGUCUGCUAAGCGAGCGUACAGAGAAUUAAAAUUGUUGUUCUCUUUAAAACAUUUAAAUAUUGUCCGCCUGAUUGAUGUCGUAAAAGUCAGCAGUUCCUCUUUGUUCAGCGAAGUCUCCGUUCUUUGCGAAUAUAUGGAUACUGAUCUGCACAAAAUAAUCGUAUCCACUCAAUAUUUGUCGCUAGAGCAUGUCAAACUUUUUGUCUAUCAGAUACUAAGAGGUUUAAAAUAUCUUCAUUCUGCUGGUGUUAUUCAUCGGGACCUAAAACCAGGGAACCUCUUGGUUAAUUCUGACUGUUUAUUAAAGAUUUGCGACUUCGGUCUUGCUCGUUCAGUGCCAUCUUUUGGUGUAGAAAGAUCUUGUAAUCCACUAACCCUUGAAGUUGUGACUCAAUUCUAUAGACCACCAGAACUACUUCUAGGUUCGAAUUUUUAUACAGCUGCUGUCGAUCAGUGGAGCGUUGGCUGCAUACUUGGAGAGCUUCUUUGUCGUCAAAUUUUAUUUCAAUCUUCCAGCUCAUUUCGUCAAUUGGAUAUGAUAUUUAAUCUACUAGGAUCACCUAAUACAAUGGAAUUAAUUGACUUAGUUGGUUUUCCGUCAUCUAGCAUAGAUUUUAUUCGUAAUUGUCCUGUACGACCAUUUAAUCAUGUUGCUGUUUCAAGAAUACUCGUUCCGGCUAAUACUCAUUAUUUUCAGUCACCGACAGAAAAUCCACCUGAUCCUAAUUUAAUUAAUUUGUUUACAGGACUUCUAAGUUUUAGUUCAUCGAAGCGGUUAACUGCUGAACAAGCGCUAGAUUCACCAUUCUUAGUUGGAGGUAGAGCUAGAUUUCAUACUUGUCUGUGCUGUUGUUGUCCACCACGUAAUCAAAGUUCAAUAAUGAACGAUUCACCUACCCACUGGAGUAAUGUAGCGAAACAAGUAAAUCAUCAUCUUUUAUCUGUUGGUUCAGUGGGUACUCUGUCAUCAUCUGGUGGUACACUACCAUCUUCACUUCAUUCAUCUAUGCUAUCACAAAGUAGAGAUAUAACGUUGCGCAUCCCUUUAUUUUUGUCACCUCAUCUAAUGAUACCAACUUCUCUUGUACGGUAUAGUUGUAUUAAUUUGGAACCAACCUUUCAAGAUAUACAUGAAUACACUUAUUUAAAUACUGAAAUAGAAGUGAAUAACUUGUUUGAAGCUAAACAAAUAUUAUGGAAUCUAAUUCAGCAAUAUUUCCAAAGAGAUCCUAAUCGUACCCGAGUUGUGAUAAACAAUUCUUCGCCUAAUUUUCAAUCAUUUAUAAAGUCUUCAGUUGCAGGUUAUUUAAACUGUGGCGGUUGUGAAAUUAGUAACACGGUAAGACAGAUAUGGCGUUUGGUUGAGAAUGAUUCAUUUAUUGAUUGGUUUGGUCUAUGCCUUUAAUUGGACAGUUGUAGUCUGUUAGAAUCCUAGGUUCCUGCCUGGAGGAUUUGGUGAUCCCCUGCUACUAGACACGGAAGCCUGUUAAGCGAAAGCUUCUAUUCCGUCCCCAACCAUUUGAAGCUGAUUGGGCUCUAACGGCAAUUCCAGACAACUGGUUGAUCGACACAACUCGAGUUGUGUAGUAAUUACUACACAGUUUGCCUCGGGUGAUCUGCUGUUAAUUAGUCAUUUCAAUUUAGUUGUUAACGCAUAUAAUGCGUUUAUUUACUCGUAUUGAGUAAUUUUUAGUUGAAAGAGCUUGUAUAGAGUUAAUAGUCACCUGUGGGCACAUGUACCCAUAGAAACUGCGAACCCCGUUUGUAAAAGACCGUGCUUACUGUUUCCGAACUUAUUUUGUUGUUGAAACAAUUGAAACUUUGGACUUUUAAUUGUCAGUCUGGAGUAUUUUGCAACCUUGGUGUUUGGUUUAAUACUUGGAUAUCUCAAUUGUUUCUAUUCAGUCAAUAUUUGUUCCUAUUCAUAUAGCGACUUUUCAGGCUGCUAGGGAGAAUCGGUAAUCGGUUUGAUUCUUGGGAUCCGUAUUUUUGUUACAAUUGUCGUGCAGUUUAUGCUGUUCAGUGCCACAGUCACAUGAUUGUUAGCAAAUGUUUCGGAGUUAUCUUUCUCAGAAGUAAUUCCCCUAAAUUAUUUAAAUUUCUAAAGUUAAAUUAAAGAACUAGGUUUCCUUCUGUAUACAAUCUUUUCACAAAGCUUCCCUUGUAUGACGUAACAAUAGUUUGUAUUAGUCAAUAUGCAGUAACCGAGUCUUAAAAGCUUUAACGAGGUGACUUGCACUCAGUUGGAACUUUAAGUGAUAUAGCCCCGUAAUUUUGUGGAGAUGCUGAGAAAUAUUCGUAUUGUCGAAGUGCUACAAACCUGGUACAAUAGCAAGUUUGAAUUUCUGGAAUUCAAUAUUCCAUAUGUAGACUAAAGGUUAGAGUAUGAGUCGCUCAUCCGGUCAUCACCGUUUCCAAUUUUAAAUACGGUGAUUACGAUGUGUAUUCGUCAUGCCUUCGAUAGGAGUUCACGGUUAGAGUAGGGCACAACGUAUGAGAUUCCUUUGGCAAGACUAGAUCUUAGCAGGAACUACUCUGCAAAAUCAAAAAUGGCUGGGGAAGUUCCAAGGAACAGUAGGUUCCUUGUAUCCUGUGAAAAAGUAGCCUAUUAAUACCAUCUGUUCUAGAUUUCUGCAAGACUAUUGGCGCGCUUUGUAAGGUAACUUUAGUGUAUAAUAUAUUUGAAUUAUCUCUUCCUGUUGUCCAGUUAAAAACAUUGAUUAACUCUAAAGUUGUGAAAUAUGUGCUUAUUGCCUCCAGUUCAACAAAAUUGAAGUUUGGUGAAAACCCAGUGUAGUCUAACUAAUGGUAGAAGCCUUUAAUGCGCUAUAUAAACAGAGCUUUGCAGAAACAUUGGGAUACAAGCAAUUCUGAAGUUCCUUAAGGAUAAUGGUCCUGUUUCAGCAGUAAGACUUAUUAGUAUAUUGACCGUAAUCUGGGAAGUAGGAGCUAUUCUGUUUGACCGGUCUCGAUCUUCGAUCGUUCCAGUUUAUGAGAAAAGACAAGUAAUUUUAUGACAAUCACAACGAAGUCAGCUUGACUAAUAUAAUAUCAAAAGUGCUAAUCGUUGCUUAACUGCAGCUUGAAAAGAGUAAACUCGGAAAAACUAAGCUAGUUCCAGACGUACGUAUGUGUACCAAGUGUAUACUAUUUGUCAAAUCUUAAACAUAAGCAUGCUUAUAGAUUCUCGGUUACAAUGGUGUUCCUUGACCUUGGGAUAGGACUCGACUAAGUCGAGGUUUUGUGACGUUAUUAAAAGGUUUACUAAGGAAUUUCGAACCCUGGUCAAGUUAAAGCACGUGGCGAACUCAUUAGGAUUUUCAACCUCAAGUAGUGUUCGUCAGGGCUGUCCACCUUAGGCAACAAUCCAAGCAUGUUUGGGAUGCGAUUUUGUCUCUAAAUACAAAAUGGACUAGUCUACACUAGUACCCGAACUAGUAAUAGGAAACGAAGUGUUCAAGUGCAUUGACCACUUAACUUAUUUGAGAAGUCUCAUCAGCCCGGGUUUAUUGGUUUUUGAUGAAAUCUCGACGCGGAUUCAGUAUUCUGGGUUCGCGUUUACUGAGUUGUGUCCAUACACGAGUUUUAUGUUCAGUAGUUCACUCUUUUUCGUAGGUGUGAACCAUGGCCUUUAAGACUAGAAAAUACUCAUGGGCUACUAGUAUAGAACCACAGAAGUCUUCGAAUCUGCUAGUGUAUUUUGGGACUAUCAAGUAAGCUAAAGUCAGGCACAAAUCAAUAAUUAAAUAUAUCAAGUCGGUUGAUAAGUUGGUAAACCAUCAUUAACUCAGGUAGUUAGAACAUGCUACAUAUACCCAACUACUGUCUACCUAGGUGCCAAUGUUUGAUCAAGGAGUAAGCUGAGAGCUAGCAAUGAUUAAGUCGAUCAUUGAUGUUAGUCUGUGGAAUCACUGACUGUUGGACUGAGUCAUGCUACGUAUUUGGCACCUACCCAUUUGGUAGAUUUGAUGUUUAUCUUCCCUUGGUCCCUGAAUCCCAAACGUACAUCUUUUAGUCUUUUUUCUACUACUAUCAUUAAUUCUACACCAUGGUAUUUUUUUUGAUAAUUUUAUCGCGUGUUAAAUUGGUGUGGCUAUUCGAACCGAAACACAUAUUUUAGGUUCUACGUUGCUUAUGACUGAUCAACUAAAUGUCUUCAAGAGACUACAUUACUGAAGGAAGGAACAAACAAGACUAAAAAACAUUGUGAUUGACUGUUUGUUUAUUAUUAAAUGCAAUGCAUUCGUCCAGUUUGAAUUUUAUCGAGGGGAUUGAUGUUACACAUUUGGUUUGCAUCAUUUUGUAUCAGACAUUUCGUUCACUUGUGUGAUUUAUUUUUCAGACUCAGUUCCCUAAACUGGUGGUGGAAAUUUAUUUGGAUCAAUUUCCGGCGUUCACAUAUGCGAUUACUUUGAUUUUCGAUCGGAUUACUGGGAAACGGCAUUCUUACUAGUCAUCAAGUCCUUUCUUAAUGCCUAGAAUAUGCACACUAAACUAUAUUAUUCUCUGUUCAGGAGUUGUCAUAACGUGAGAUUCAUGUUUUAAUAUAAAAGUUUAGCAUUGCGCUGAUAUUCCUUGUUAGGUCGAACCAGUUGGAUGAGAAAAUUUUUCCUUACUCAAAGAGGUCUAAUGGUUCAGUUUGUGUAACGAAGGAUGGAGAAGUAACAUGUACAGAAAGCACACAUCAAAGCUUGUCAGACUCAUUUCGUCGCUUUAUGAUUUUUAAAUGUUCACUAAUUCUAUUGGCACUAUGCAGUCUUGCUAUAAUUUGUCACAGGCAUAAACGUUUAGACCAGAAACUAAUGCAGAAAGUCAACUUUCAGAUUGCAGCUGGUGUUUAGUAUCUUCUCAUGAAUCGUAUCUGAAUUUCUCAAUGUGAUAGUCCUUUUUGUUGAUCUUGUGAUUUAAAUCAAUACUGUAACAAUGUACAUUUUAGAAUAUUAUUUUUUCUUAAGCAUCUA